CACAAUCACUUUGUGCUGGAAGAACAAGGCAGAAAACCCGUUGACUUGUACACAUGAUUAAGUAGGGGCACAGCAAAAUUAAGUCUUGGCCAAAAACCAAAAUUCGGGAUAACGAGAUUCAGCUCGAGACGCCUGCAUUUCCCUCAACCUGACAGCUCUGUAUUUUUGAGUUCAAGCUAAAAAAGGUGGCAUCGCUGUCAUCCACGAUGACUUCACCCCCACCCCCCCAUGAAUCGAGAAACUGCAGCAUUACGGAUUUCAAGCAGUUAAUGUUUCCCAUCACCUACCUGUUAGUCUUUAUUCUAGGUGUUGUCGGCCACUCUGUCUCCCUGUACAUCUUCUUCAGUGUGUGGAGGAAGAAGAGGGGUCUGACUACAGUCAAUCUGUUCAUGGUUAAUCUGUUGGUGUCCGACCUUAUGCUGGUGUGCUCGCUGCCCUUCAGAGCUUCUUACUACCUGUCAGGUUCUGUUUGGAAAUUUGGCAAGCUGGCCUGCAGUCUCAUGUUCUAUGUCUUCUACCUGAACAUGUACACAUCAAUUUAUUUCUUAGUUUCCCUAAACAUCAUGCGAUAUUUGGCACUUUUCCAUCCCUACCGCUAUAAACACUUGCAAAAAUGGUGUAAAGGACAGUUGGUUUGUUUUUUAAUCUGGCUGUUUGUCGCAGCGACCUCAAGUCCUUUGUUGAUUUUGGGUCAGAACAAAAAUGCAAGCCAAGAGGGUGCUCAGAAAUGCAUGGAGCUACAAAACAAUAACCAAACCAUCCAGCGUUUAAUCAAUAUUAACAAUGGAACUCUGGCUGUGGGCUUUGUGCUGCCUUUAGCUUUUAUCUUGUGGUGCUCCGUGUCGGUAGCUUACAGAUUACUGAAGCCUGGUCCGUCCCAGCGCACGAUCAACAUUUCAAAGAAAAAAGCCUUUGCUUUGGUCAUCAUCAGCCUCAGCUUAUUCGUCAUCUGCUUUUUGCCAUAUCAUGUCAUGCGGAUAAUCUUCUUAUACAGUGAACUGAACGUGAGCAAUGACAGUUUUUCCUGUGAGGUCAUCUGGCCAGUGCGUAAAUCCGCAGUGGUGACACUUUGUUUGUGUGUAGCCCACAGCUGCCUGGAUCCCAUCCUGUUCUUUUUUGUAGGAGAACAUUUUAGAACUUUCUUUAAAAACCUGCUAAGGAGAAGGACAUAUUAUAUGCACGAAAGAAGAUGCCAGCAGGAGGCAGAAUUGCAGAGCCUCCAGAAAUAAGACUUCAAAGUUUUUAUUUACUCAGAUUUAAAUCAUGUACCAACAAGUAUGACGAUAAGUUAUCAAGUAAUGCUAAAGGUUAUGAUUAAGAAGCAUUUCAUUAUCCAAACAUUAACUAUUCUAUAGGAUGUAAAAGGUUUAGGUGGUAAUGUUCAGUCUUCCUACACUGAUGUGAAAAUAAUGUUUGCUUCAUAAUAUGUUAUAAUGAUGCAUCUAAAACUUCCUCUUAUGGACUGAAACUAAUAUUACACUAAUGUUAAAAAAAUAUCUGUACUUGAGAUAAGCAACAACUAUUCAUACUAGAAACCUGGAACGUUUUAUUAAAAAGUGAAAUAAAGAAAGCCAAUUAUUAUUUAAUGUACCAAUAUAAAUUCAGAAUAACAUUUUUAAUCUAACCAAAAUAAAUAAAUAAAUCAGCAUCUAUAAUCCUUGGAAACCCAUAAUAUAAAUAUUGAUUAAAAAGUCAUGAAUUGCAGCAUCUGCAUCAACCCUGAUGUGUAGGAUUUCUAUAAAACCCAAAAUGUCUCUUCAUGCCAAUGAAGUCAGCUGCUUUGGUCUAAUCUCUAAUAAUAAUGACACAUUUGUCUGUGAGAAUUUUAUGAAUCUUCUGAAUUGAAUUCUUUAAAAAGCAAGUGUGGCAAGCAUUUCCUUUCACAUUUAGCCUACACAUAGAUGAUGGUUAUUAUAUUUUGGAAUUAAAAAAUGACACUAUACAAUUUUUUAGUGAUUCUGAGUAGAGAUUGUACUGAAAAAUCUGAAGAACUCUGAAUGUAUCCCCAAGUGCCAUGAUGAAACAGUCAUGAGGACUGUUCCAAUAGCAAGACCAAGAGGUACUUUGGCUGCUUGGGAUACGUUUAUUAGAAUUACUAUCACCUCCAUUCUGCAAGCAAUUCCAUAUUUGUUCUGUCAUAAUACAAAGUGAAAACAAUAAAAAUAAAGAAAGGCCACUGAAUAAGAAGGUGUGUCUAAACCUUUGUCUGGUAUGUGCCAUAAUUAGACCAAUGUUCUUGUCUGAAAUUGAGAACUCGUUUUCACACAGUUUGUGAUCAGAUUUGGUCAGGAAUGUUGUUGUGACUUACUCAUACAGUGUGACAAGUAAUCAUUUUAAAGCACUGCUAAAAUCAUGGUUUCUAUUUGUUUGCAACAAAAAAACACAAAUUGAGAACAAAAAUAAGGCCCAAAUAUGUUGUUCUCAAAGUUCUUUAGAAUACUGUAUGAAGUUGUACAUCUGCACUGAUAUUGGUAUCUAAUAACAUGCUUAAGUACUGAUUAAUAUUCUCAGAUAUCAGGCGAUAAUAUGUGAAGAAAGUCAUUGUUUUCUGUCACACUAAUGAAAGC